AUGUGGGUCGAAUACUUUAAAUCAACCUCCUCGUCCACAACGAGUUCUUCCUCCUCAUCCGAUCUUCAUGAACAACAACAACAAGCACCACAUGUUGCGGCAGAGUGCAUCAUGUGUGGCAAGUCAUUCGGUCACAAGGAAUUGUGUAUUGGAAUGAAUUCAGUGGUCGGAAUUGAAACACUCUUUCCAUUUCAUCCAAAACGAACCUUAUGGAGAGUGUUGAUGAAUGAAAGGGCUGCCAAUUAUAACUCUUCAACCCAUUCACCACCUCCAUGUUUUCUUCAUUUGGAUUGUUUCAUUCCACAGAUUCAUAGACCCUUUCAAUGCAUGUUUGAUUAUGAAGAAAAGGGUGAAAUUGAAAAGGAGGAUCAACAAAUGCUCUCAAAACUCAUUAUCAAAUGGCAAGCCAUGAGACGAAAUGCAAAUGCCAAGAAAAGAAAGAAGAAUAAGGAACUACAAGAGAAAACAAAGAAGAACAAGACAAGAGUGAAAAAAGGAGUUUCCAAUACUCGUCGUGGCAAUGGAAUGAAUCAUGUUGAGGAGGAGGAGGAGCAAGAGGAAGCGGAUGAUGAUGAAUCGUUCCUUGUGAAUGAAGAGAGCAUUGAAGAGGUUUCUCGAGAACCUCAACAACAAAGGAAAUCCAAUUCCAAUAAGAGUUCGAAAACUUUGAGCUCCUCAAAGUCUAUCAUUGAUGAUUCAGGAACAAGAGUUCAAACACGACUUCAGAAAAAGAAAGAAUUGUUCAAGAAGGAUAUUUCCAAGGUGGACCAGAGUAAAGACGAAAAACAAAGUUUCUUUCUUGACAAAGAAGAAGAAGAAUCAAGGAUGAACUUUGAGCUCACCAAAGAGGGUUUGACUCGUGCCACCAGUACUUCUUCUUCCUUGGGAGGAGAGGCGACUCAUCCAGAUGCGUCGUUUACCUUACAAGUCUCUUCUUCUUCCUCAUUCGAUGAAAUGUCUUUUGAUCAACAGCAACAAGAACAACACGAUCAGAUGAACGAUCCAAAUGGGAAGGUGGAGUGGAAUCGCACUUCCCUAGUGACAGGUCCAUCUCCUUACUUGUUAGGUCUCUCCGAUGAAAUUUGGUAUGAAAUCUUGCAAUAUCUACCUUUCGAUUCACUAUUGCAACUUUCACAAAUCUCUCGAUCCAUGUUCUAUUAUUCAUCCAUGAAUUCGUUGUGGGAAAGUUUGUGUGUGAAGUUUUUGUGUCCUCGUGCUCGUUCUGUUCAAGAAGAAUACUUUCCAACUCUUGAUUACAAAACUCUCUUCAGGAAAUUGUAUGAUAACUGUUGCAUUCAAUGUGGAGAGUAUUUAAGAUUGGAUGUUGAACUUGAUAAUGCAAUGACUCUUGCUCAAUCGAAAGGUUCCAUUCAAGUACCGACUCAUCCUGAUUACUAUCAUUAUUUGGUGGAUCAUUGUGUUUGUGAAAAGUGUCAAAAAUCAAGUGCUCUCUCCACCAUUUCGAAAACAGAAGCCAAAAGAAUUUAUUUUGUCAAUGAUAGAGAUUUCAAUGCAUUGCGAUGUAUGAAAUCACCCAAUCCAUUUCAUCGAUCGACUGCCAUGUUUAAAUUCCUUCGAGCUCAACUUCAACAAAUUCACAACAAGAAUGUUGAACAAGUGUUGAAAGGAUAUUAUCACUUUUCUCAAAAUCAUUCACAAAAAGAUUUUUCGAGAAUUAUCGAAGAUGCCAAACAUGGAAAGUAUGGAAAAGAAUGCAAAUUGUAUCAUAUGUUGAAUUUUUCCACCAAACAAGAGGUGAAUGGAAGUGAAGCUUGUGCUUACAUUGAUACCUUGGAAGUGAGAAAAUAA